AUGGACACUGGGGACCAUUAUUACGCGUCUGCCCCAAUGUACAAAGAAUCGUGCGCUUAUCAGAGAUCUCAAGCACCGGAAUACAGCCCAAACCCACCAGCAUGUCUGUAUAUGGGGCGACAGCAGCAUGUCCCCUAUUCUUCUGUAGGUGGUAUUGACCAGGGGAGCCCUCCAGACAUCUCACCUUAUGAAGUGCCACCCAUUACAGAAGACCCAGGUGUUGGUCACCUUCAUCAUCACCACCCUAUUCAUAUGUCGCAUCAUCCGCACCAAGUUGCUGGAUUUGGAGAAGGACCACAGAUAUCAGCGCUGGAAGAACGCAGUAGGAUUCAGCUCCCCUUUCCGUGGAUGAAAUCCACUAAAUCUCAUACGUGGAAAGGGCAGUGGACAGGAAGUUCGUAUCUAGUCGAACAAGAGGAAAACAAGAGGACACGAACUGCAUACACCAGAGCGCAGCUCUUGGAGCUAGAGAAAGAAUUUCUUUUCAAUAAAUAUAUUUCGCGGCCAAGAAGAGUGGAACUAGCCGUCAUGCUCAACCUGACUGAAAGACAUAUCAAAAUCUGGUUUCAGAAUCGCCGGAUGAAAUGGAAAAAGGAAGAGGAUAAGAAGCGGGGUAGGGGCAGCAGCGACCCCGAACAGGACUCCUCUGUAUCUUCGGGAGAUCUGAAGGAUGAAGGGCUUUGUACAGGGGGGAGCAAUCCGUCUCCUAUCUCCAGGGAUUUGCUGUCCUCGUCCAUCUCCACGUCCCAGCAUAGCAUUAUCCUGGGAUCACCCGUGGCAAGGCAACAGGACAAACUAUGA